GAGCUGUAAGAAAAACAACAGCAGGUUUCUGGGCUUCUCUGGAGCUCCAGUUCCUGUAUCCAGUUUUAGUUUUUAGUUUCAGUCUCGUGUCUGUGCUUGAACCAGAGGCAGAAUAUCUGCGUCACUGAGACCGUAAACAUUCUUUCAGAACAAAAGAUAAAGGUGUGGUGAAGAAACGGAAGAAUACAGAAGAAGAACAAGAAAAGAGAAACGCAGAGAGAGAAAGAGAGAAAAGGAGAGCGAGAGAGAGAGAGAGAGAGAGAGAGAGAGAGAGAGAGAGCACUGCUAAAAGGACAGAAGAUUAAAAGGUCAGACUUUGUGGUGUAAAGAUGGCCAGCGUUCCUGUACCUUUCACUAAUGUGGGACGCGGCUACACCGUCGUCACUCAAGUUAUUCCCUCAUCUACAGCAGAACAAAAUUCCACUCAGACACACAGCCCACUGAGCAAGUUCCUGAAAGGAGAACCCAAAGCUCUGGGGACUGUCCAGAUAAUGAUAGGUUUGUUGACGUUUUUGUUUGGUAUCGUGUUGGCGACCUACUCUCUGAACAUCAUCAUCUUCUCCGGAGUCGUCUUCUGGAGCCCAGUGUUUCACAUCAUUUCCGGCUCUCUGGCUGUUUCAGCGAGCAACAAGUUAAACUCCUGUGUGGUGAAGGCCACAUUGAUACUGAAUAUUUUUAGCACGCUAUCUGCAGGAUUAACCAUCAUCUUCCUGUUCAUGGAUCUCAUUUUUGGGGGUUAUAGAUAUAGAUACAUCUAUGCCUCAGAGGGCAUGAGGAAAGGAAUAACUGGAGUUCUGCUGGUUUUCACUCUGCUCCAGUUCUGCAUCUCUAUCGCACUUUCAGCCUUCACCUGCAAAGCCACCUGCACCAGUGAACCGACCCUGAACGUCAUCAACGUGGUUCCGAACCCUGAGAGUUUUGCUCCUAGUGCUCCUGUGAACAACCCUUUCCCACCUCAUCACACUCAGCUGGGGGUCAAUACGAUGCACGGCGUCGCCAUGGCUACAGCAGCCGGGGGAAAUCCUCCGGCGUACAGUGAGAUAAAUAAAAACUGUUCAUUUACACUGUAACUCAAUUAACACAAUCCCACUGACCAGAGAACACACACAAUCAAAGACACUGAAAGCCUACAUCACACACAUCAUACACCAUACACACUAUACACAUAACAGACAUAUCACAACCAUCACACACACUAUACACAUCACACACACUAUACACAUCAUACACCAUACUGUACACACUAUACACAUAACAGACAUAUCACAACCAUCACACACACUAUACACAUCACACACACUAUACACAUCACAUACAUCACAUGCACUACACAAUUAUUGCUCCCAGGUGUUUUUUCUCAAAACUUCCAAAAAUAAAGAUGUUUAAUUAACAA